AGGCGUGGGCGGGGCCCGAGGAGGGCGUGGCCGCCGCCCCUCCCCCCCCCAGGCUGAGCUUUGCCCCCGAGGCCGUGGCCCGGCUGGGGGGGGCCCUGGGGAGGCUCCAGAGGGGCCUCCAGCAACUCGGGACGCACCUGGGGGGCAGAGCCGAGCUGGGCGAGGCCGGGCGGGAGCUGCUCCGGGAGCUGCUCCGGGAGCACCGGAGGCUGCAGGAGCUGACUCAGCACCUGCACGAGAAACACCAGAGGGAGGCGCUGGAGCUGGCGGAGCUGCAGGACAAGGCGGGCUCUGCGGAGACGAAGGUUCUGGAGAUGGGGACGACGCUCGAGGGGCUGCAGUGGGACAGCGCCAAACUGCGCAAACGCGAGGGGAGGCUGGACAGGCACCUGGCCGAGGCCCUGGAGCAGGUAACGCACCUGGGCACACCUGGGCGGCACCUGGGGGGCACCUGGGG